AUGCUAAGAAGACAGGCCCGUGAGAGGAGAGAAUAUUUGUACCGUAAGGCGCAAGAGCUUCAGGAAUCCCAGCUUCAACAGAAGCGUCAAAUAAUCAAACAAGCUCUAGCACAAGGUAAACCAUUACCAAAGGAACUUGCCGAAGAUGAACAGCUACAAAAGGACUUCCAGUAUGAUGAAAGUGCCCAAGAACAAAUUGAUGAUGAGUAUAGCGCCACAAGUGGUAUUGCAGAACCAAAGGUCAUAGUUACUACCUCCAGAGAUCCAAGUACAAGACUAUCUCAGUUUGCUAAAGAGAUAAAGCUACUAUUCCCCACUUCUGUUAGAUUGAAUAGAGGUAACUACGUUAUGCCCAAUCUAGUUGAUGCCUGUCAAAAAUCCGGAACUUCAGACUUGAUCGUUCUUCAUGAACACAGAGGUGUGCCAACAUCACUUACAGUAUCACAUUUCCCCCAUGGACCAACCGCCUACUUUACAUUACACAACGUUGUCUUGAGACACGAUAUAUUGAACUCUGGGAACCAGAGUGAGGUAAACCCACAUCUAAUUUUUGACAACUUCACAACUCCACUAGGUAAAAGAGUAGAAACAAUACUUAAGCAUCUCUUCCCUCCAGGACCAAAGAAAGACGCUGCCAGAGUAAUAACAUUUGCCAACAGAGGAGAUUUCAUCAGCGUAAGACAGCACGUUUACGUAAGAACUAGAGAUGGUGUUGAACUAGCGGAAGUAGGACCUAGAUUUGAAAUGAAACUAUUUGAGUUGAGAUUAGGUACUCUCGAAAACAAGGAUGCUGAUGUCGAAUGGCAACUAAGAAGAUUCGUGAGAACUGCAAACAGAAAGGAUUAUCUAUGA